AUAUCACUAUGCUGCCCAGGCUGGCCCUGAGUUGGCCAUCCUCCUGCCUCGGCCUGCCAAGUCGCUGGGAUUACGGGUACGCACUACUGUGCCACUGUGCACAUGUGGCUUUUGACCUGAGUCUGUGCCCAUCCAUUCUGUUUCCUGUGGAUGACUCAAGACUGCCCUGGAAUAGGCUCCAGCUUCACCUCUGGAUGUUGCUCUUGACCAAGUUCAGAUUUUUAGCUCGUCUUGCUAGCAACAUUCCAACAACCUCCUCACUGGUGCCUGAGCCUCCCUUCCAGCCCAUUCUUGACAGCUGCACCAGCAUCCUCUAACACAGGUCUGACAGUGUCAUUCCCUCCCUGAGAACCACCAGCCAUUCCCUGCUGUCCACUAGAUUAACUCAGGCUUUUGAAGCCCUCUUCUAUCCAUCCCCAGGGGCAUCUCUGAUCUCAUUUGCCCUUUCCUCACUUUAGCAAACUCCUGGUUUCUCUGAGUGCCUUCAGAAGCACUUAACGGUAUGGAGAAGUAGACAGUAGAUCCUGCACCUGUUGGUGGGGCACCCCUUCUCAAGAAAGUGUGGGGUGCCAGGCAUGCUGGCACCUGAAAUCCAGCAACUAGGAGGCUGAGGCAAAAGAAUUGGAAGUUCAAAGCCAACUUGAACAAUAUAGAUCCUGCCUCAAAAAAAUACAAAGGUCUGGGGCUAAAGCUCCCCUGGAUUCAGUACCCACUACCAAAAUAAAUAAAUAAAUAAAAGUGUGGAAUCAGGGGUCAGAGACAGCUGGAUACAAAAUGGAUUCAGAAAGGAAGACAUGCCUGAUGGCCAGGGGAGAGUAGGCUCCCCAGAGAGAUAGGCCCAGCCUCAGCAGGAGACAAAACCCAUGAAGUGCCCUCUGCAGGUCCUGACCCAGCACAGAUCCUCCACAUCAAAUGGCCUUGGGCAGAGGAUGUCCUGAACUUACACACCCCUGAUGGGAAUCCCACCUCUGCUCACUGUGUGGCACCAGGCAGGCAGGUCAGUUUGAAAUAUGAAAGUAGAACAAAAACAAUGUGUAGUGUUCUUUUAUUAGCACCUGAAUGGUUCCCAAAUGUUUUAUAGAAAGGAUACUUAGCCAGCAGGAGACAAUAGAGAACACAGCCCCCAAGGGUCUCCCCUACUCUGAGAGUCAGCCUGAUUCAUGAUGCCAAGGCCCCUGCAGCCCAGCUCACUUCAGAGGAGAGGGCAGGGGAAAUGCCAGGGCUCGUCGGGGAAAGAGGCCACCAGGAUGCCAUGGAGAGAGCCAGCUGCUCCCACAGUACAUUCCAGUCCCAGCCUCCCUGCUGGGAAGGAGCCCAUGGGCCUGGCUGGCUUUCUGUAGGGCACAGGGCAGUGGGGAAGGCACAGGCAGAGAGUAUUUCUUCCAGCAUGCCUACAAUACUGUCUCCUCAGCCAAGUUCACCCUGAGUCCCUGUGUCACCCCACAAAGCCCUUCCUGGGCUCUUCUUGGGUGGCAAAUCAGGCAUCAGGAAGACAGACUUAGGGGUGAGCCCAGGAGAGGCUAAGGCCUGACUGUCCCACCACACAGAUCUCAGCUGCGCUGGCCCAUUCUCUUCUCUGCCAACUGGGGCAAUGGGGUGCUCAAUGACCUUCCUCACCAGGCUCCACGUCUGACACUGCCAUUCUCACAGGUUAUUUUGCACAUCAUUCAGUAACUGCAGAGGGCUUUAAAUGCCUUAAGACAAGAAGCACUCUACCACAUGGGGUGCAUAAUUCCCCUCAUAGUUUAGCACCCCUCAAAAUGCACACAAUCAGGGCUGGGGUUGUGGCUUAGUGGCAGAGUGCUUACCUAGCAUGCAUGAGGCACUAGGUUCGAUCCUCAGCACCACAUAGAUGUAAAAUAAAGAUAUAGUGCUCCCCUAAAACUAAAAAAUAAAUAUUAAAAAAUGCAUAUGAUCAUUGUAAAUUGGACUCAUCAGUGAGAUUUAUAUCCCAAUUUUAAAAGCUUAAAAAAUAAAAAUGUAAGUGCAAAUCCAUACUGGGAAGAAUCAAAUAAAAGCAUCCUUUCUUCAGGGAAAGACUUCUUAAAGCCACACUAUUGCAGGCUUCCAGAUGGGGAUCCAGUAGCUAGUGAGUCCCAGCCUCAGCCCAUACCCCCCAUCUUAUCCCACCUCCUUUACUCUCUUUAAGUAACUCUACACCUGUUCACCUUCCUUAUGAGAAUGGGAACUCCUUGAGGGCAAGGGCCAAACCCAAUUUAUUCCAUGUCUUUUUUUUUUUUUUUUUUGCUAUUGCCUAGCAUGGUGGCCAAGAAAUAUCUGAUCUGGGUUCUGGGCCAGGGUAUAGCUCAGUGGUAGAGCUCUUGCCUAGCAUGUACAAACCCUGCAUUUCAUCCCCAGCACAGCAAAAUGUUUUUUUCAUGAAAUUUUCAUUUAUAUAUUAGUAUGAAUUAGCAGAUCAUUUCCUUCCAAAGAACAGGCUUUUCAGAGGCUGGGAUUGUAGCUCAGUGGUAGAGCACUUGUCUGGCACGUGUGAGGCACUGGGUUCGAGCCUUUGCAUCACAUAAAAAUAAAUAAAUAAAAUAAGAGUAUUGUGUCUAUCUAAAACUAAAAAAAAAAAAUUUAAAUAUUAAAAUUAAAAAAAGGCUUUUCCAAAGAGAGGUAUAGCAAGCAUUAGUUCAUGGUGCCUGAAUGGAAUGUGUGGCUUGAGGAGACAACAAAGAGAAGAAGGUUGUAGAUGGCAGUCCUGAAAGAAGGCUUAAGAGUCACUAGCUUAACCCCUAUUUGGGGUGGGGGAGAGGGUACCAAGUAUUGAACUCAGGGACACUCAAUCACUGAGCCACAUCCCCGCCCUAUUUUGCAUUUAGAGACAGAGUCUCACUGAGUUGCUUAGGGCCUCACUAAAUUGCUGAGGCUUGCUUUGAAUUUUCAAUCCUCCUACCUCAGCCUCUGGAGCCACUGGGAUUAAAGGCUUAUCCUCUAUCUUUGGGCACCCAAUUCACUACAGAUGGCUGGGGUAAUCCAUAUUCCCAUUUGCCCAAGAGUGGUUAAAUGUGUACCUAAGAUCAUGUCACUCAUUAGUAAGUCUUGAAGACAGGACCAGACCCCAAAUUUUCUGGUCACAGGCCCAGAAUUCUAUUGCCCUGUAGGGAAGGUGUGCACACUCUGCCCACUUCACAAUUCUGUGGGACUGGCUCUGGCUCCAGGUGUGGGGUCACUAAAGGUUCAGGACCUCAGCACACCAGCAGUGUGUGUGUGAGUCAGGGUGCUCGUGGGCAUGACCUGCCAAGAGACGGCAUCCUCACCAAAGACCUGAUUGUACAAAUAUUCAGAUUACAAGAACACAGGACUGCCUAUGAUGGUGUGCCAGUUUCUCAGUGUCACCAAGGCUAUACAUAGACCUUCACAUGCAAAAGUGCCCUUGUUAACCACUGGUAAUAGGGUGCAGGCACAAGUGCACACCAGUGUCAGCAUAUAUGUACGUGAACUAGAGGUGUACAUGGGCUCUAGCAGGACAAGAGAAGACAGCACAUUCCCUUGGUCCAAGAUUGAUCCUCCCCUGUCUGAGAUGCUCCUCAGUGAAGUAAGGAAAAAGGGGGCAUGUGCCAAGCCAGACAGAGCAGCUGGGACUGCCACAAACAUUCAUGGAAGGCGCCGCAUUAGCCCAUCUCCCUCAGAGCUGACUGCAGGAUGCAGCAGCUAAUCAGUCAGGGCCCACUCUUCCCCCAGCUCCACCAACAGCAUCAGUCCAGGAAUCCAUCAGUGUUAAGAAGGAAUGUCUCUAGUCACAGAAAGGGAACCACAACUGAAAAGAGUUUUAUUUACUUUAUGUAUGAGUAUAUUAAGGCAUCCUUGUGUAAAAGAUAUCUUCAUCCAAAAUGAAUGACAGUUUCAUUCAGUCAUGAGGAGUGUUGGCUCCAGUUCUUAGGGAGAGAAAGAUCUCAAGUGGUGAGACACCUCAGGGAGCAGGAUCACCAAACAGCCUGUCAUAGGAAGCAGCUGCAUGCUGGGGAGAACAAGGUGUGUGUGGAGUCAGAGCCAGGCCUGGUCCCUGUCAGAGCCUGUUUCCUCAUCCAUACAAUGAAGAUAGCACCACCAGCCUGCUCCCUGGUGCUGAGGGGACAGGGUGAGGAUUGCAAGAUAUGAAGGAUGGGAAAGUGACCUGUUUUUAUAGGCUAAACUCAGACAACUUAAGUGUGGCAAUGCCCAGGCUUCUCACUUUCUGAAGCUCCUUCCGGCUGCAGGGUACCUGGAGAUGGGUCAGGGUCAGGCAACCCCGGCUCCAUCCACCUCCCCUGGCCUCCUCCUGCAGCCUUCUCCCUGCACUAAAGCCCAGAGCUACCAAUUGACCUCUCCCUUUGGACAUCACUGGGCUCUGGAGGGACAGGGUCAAUCUUACUGAGAGGAUGGUUGGACUGAAGCCUUCAGAAGUGCCUCCCACCACCGCUGUGAAGUGCCUGGGGGCGGGCACUGCGGCCUGUUUCGCAGACCUCCUCACCUUUCCACUGGAUACAGCCAAGGUCCGCCUGCAGAUCCAGGGAGAGAACCCGGCGGCAGAGAGCGUGCAGUACCGCGGCGUGCUGGGCACCAUCUUGACCAUGGUGCGCACCGAGGGCCCCCGAAGCCCCUACAACGGGCUGGUGGCCGGCCUGCACCGCCAGAUGAGCUUCGCCUCCAUCCGCAUCGGCCUCUAUGACUCUGUCAAGCAGUUCUACACCCCCAAAGGAGCGGACAAUUCCAACAUCGCCAUCAGGAUUUUGGCGGGCUGCACCACGGGGGCCAUGGCAGUGACUUGUGCCCAGCCCACCGAUGUGGUGAAGGUCCGAUUUCAGGCCAGCGUGCGCCUGGGGCCCGGGAGCCACAGGAAAUACAGCGGAACUAUGGAUGCCUACAGAACCAUCGCCAGGGAGGAAGGGUUCAGGGGCCUGUGGAAAGGAACUUGGCCCAACAUCACAAGGAAUGCCAUCGUCAACUGUGCUGAGAUGGUGACUUAUGACAUCAUCAAGGAGAAACUUCUGGACUCUCGCCUGCUCACUGACAACUUCCCCUGCCACUUUGUCUCUGCCUUUGGAGCUGGCUUCUGUGCCACAGUGGUGGCCUCCCCAGUGGAUGUGGUGAAGACGCGGUAUAUGAACUCACCCCCAGGCCAGUACCGCAGCCCACUGGACUGUAUGCUAAAGUUGGUGGUCCACGAGGGACCCACAGCCUUCUACAAGGGAUUCACCCCCUCCUUCUUGCGUUUGGGAUCCUGGAACGUGAUGAUGUUUGUAACCUAUGAGCAGCUGAAACGGGCCUUGAUGAAAGUCCAGAUGUUGAGGGAAUCUCCAUUUUGAGCAAGACAAGAAGGCUACUUGGUACUUACCUGGCAUGAGGCCAGUUAAGGAUGAAAUAAAGCAGUGGACUCAGGCCCACACAUGUUUACAGAACUGCGUACUUGUUGCUGAUUCAAGAAACAGAACUGAAAGAAGAGGAAGGAUUUUGGUCUUCAGUGCUUCGUCUAAAAACACCCUUGUUUUGCACUGACUUAAUGGAAAAUAAAUUAUAUUAAUUUUGAAACCCAUUAGGUUGGAUGCCUAAUAUUUAGGCAAGAGUAAACAGAUCCCUCUGGAUAAAAGGGAAGUUUGCAGACUUGCAUACCCAGAUAAAUUGGAUUAGAUGAUGACUUAUAACAGAAAGGCCACCAGAGUGGGAAGGAGUACACAUGAAAGUCAGCUGAGGAGCCUCAAGGGACACCACUGAUGCAACCCGAAGCUGAGACUGCAGCCUCCACAGUCACACAGGGAUCAUCUGCCUACUGGUCCUAAUGAGUCCACCAAGGAGAAUCCACUGGGAUUCCAAGAAAUGUGAGAAACAGAAGGGAAAACUCAAACCUGUGCCGCAGGAGCCCCGCAGGGCCAACCUGAGGCUGAGGCCUGGAAAUCUGUCCUCCCAGAGAACACAGGAGAAUCAAGGGGGCGCCUCAGUCCACUUCUAUAAAAUAGGUAAUAAUCUCUUCCCCGCCUACCUCACCGGGGUGUUAGGAAGAACAAUGAGAAAGAAGCUGGGCACGAAUCCACUUUAUAAAAGCGAAAGCUCCUACAGGCCUAAGUAUGAGGACAAUGCCUUGAGAAAGAUUUUUUUGGAAAAGAGAGGAAUUGCCAAGAAGUUUUUGAAAAACACAGUUGUCUAGUGGCAAGACCAGAAGAACCUGGGCUGCAAGUGACAGUGGAUGACCGGAGCCCCACUCCCCUGCACCCCUGCUCCCUGGCCCCACUGUGAGGCACUUUGAAGGGCGUGGGGCUUGGGGAGAAGAGAGCCUGGCCUAGAGUCUGAAGCAGCUGGAUUCAGAGUCUUUGGGAAAUUAGUGUGAUUCAGUGAAGGAAUUCUGACCUUCAGUGUGGGAAUAAGAACAGCCGCUUUUCUGCCUUCUCUUUCUCGGAUAGAAUUUUCUCCCUUCAGGGUUUUUAUUUGUCAGGGUGGAGCCAGAUCUAACUCUGUCACUGUCCCUUUGACUGCAGGCAAGUUGAUCUACCUUCUAGGGGUUUGGCUCCUCCAUCUGCAAAAGGCGAAGUAGAGCUGCUUGACCUAUUUUCAAGCUUAAGACUGAACAUCUUUCAAACUGAUAAUGGGGACCCACAGAGCCAGUGGCCAUUCUUGUUUCUCAGGAGCAUGUUGUGGCUCUAGGACAGUAAGAAGAGGGUCUGGAUCUUACCACACCCACCUUAUUAACAAUUACCCUCAGGGAAUCCUUGCCCCUCAGAGUCCUCCUAGAGAAGCUGAUGACAGUCCCUAGCUCACUAGCAUGUGCUGGGGGUUGAUCUAGAACACCCUGCAAUACAGGAGGGCUCCUGUGUCAUUUCUUCCUCUCCUGACCUGACUCAUCCACAUCAGGAAAAAGUGAAUCGCCAUCCUGCCUCAGCACUUCCUGACAUUAAAUUGUAACUUGAGAUCAUCUACAUAUACAAACUGAAUAGCUCAAACAAAAGGGAAAGAAAGAAAUUAUUUUGAUUUAAUGUCUAAUUUAACCUUUAAAUAAAACUUCCACUUAUAAGUUUCUUUCUUUUGACUUA